AUGCGAUAUAUAGGUGCCAUCUAUUCAAUCUUGGGGUUUGUGUCCCUGGUGGAAAGUAGGAGUUCGUUCGUUACCGACUUGUCCAUAUUGGCGUUCGCAGGAACCCCAGUAGGAAAAGUUGUUCCUUUCAACGGGCUUGACCUCUACGUCUCAAUGCCGCGCAACCGGAGCGAAGAUGGUCCAAACUCAAUGGCACAGUCUCCAUUCGGGGUUCUCCUCCUACCUGACGUAUUCGGGAUUCAGUCGACAGAGAACAGGCUUCUCGUGGACAGUUUUGCACGUGCUGGCUACGUCACCGUUGCUCCGGACUUGAUGGACGGCAAACCACGAACCGAAGAUUCGAUGUCGGGCUUCAACGCGAGCGAGUUCUUCAAGUCACACGGACCUAGCGUUACCGACCCAAAAGUUGAAAAAGCCAUCGCGUAUAUGCGCGAGCAGAUGGGCGUCCGCAACAUCGCCUCGACUGGGUAUUGUUUCGGUGGGCGGUAUGUUUUCCGAGCACUUGGGCUUUCCGACAAUAAGGGGGUACAAGUCGGGUUUGCUGCACAUCCAAGUGCGCUCGGGGAUGACGAAAUUAAGGCCAUCAAAGGACCUGCAAGCUUGGCAGUGGCUGAGGGGGACGCGGGUAUGUUGACGAAGAGGAGAGUAGAGAUCGAAACUGCCAUGGGAACCACUGGGCAGCCGUUCACAAUGGCACUCUAUGGCGGGACACCUCAUGGAUUCGCCACACAUCCGGAUUUAAAUAAUCCUGUGCAAAAGGCUGCGAAGGAAGACGCUUUUCUCCAAGCGGUGCGCUUCUUCGAGACUUGGUUAUAA